CAGCCACCACUACCCUUCAGAAUGGCCAACAGGGGACCUGCCUAUGGCCUGAGCCGGGAGGUGCAGCAGAAGAUUGAGAAACAGUAUGACCCAGACCUGGAACAUAUCCUGAUUCAGUGGAUCGCCACCCAGUGCCGCAAGGAUGUGGGCCGGCCUCAGCCUGGUCGGGAGAACUUCCAGAACUGGCUCAAGGAUGGCACGGUGCUUUGCGAGCUCAUUAAUGCGCUGUACCCUGAGGGUCAGGCCCCGGUAAAGAAGAUUCAAGCUUCCACCAUGGCUUUCAAACAGAUGGAGCAGAUCUCUCAGUUUUUGCAAGCAGCUGAACGCUAUGGCAUCAAUACCACUGACAUCUUCCAGACUGUGGACCUCUGGGAAGGGAAGAACAUGGCUUGUGUACAGCGGACAUUGAUGAAUCUGGGAGGGCUGGCAGUAGCUCGAGAUGAUGGACUCUUUUCUGGAGACCCCAACUGGUUUCCUAAGAAAUCCAAGGAGAAUCCUCGGAACUUCUCAGACAACCAGCUGCAAGAGGGCAAGAACGUGAUAGGGUUGCAGAUGGGCACAAACCGCGGGGCAUCUCAGGCAGGCAUGACUGGCUAUGGGAUGCCACGCCAGAUCCUCUGA